AUGUCCAAAUCUAAUUUUAAUAGAUUAGUAGAUAUUUUAAAGAUUAAUCCAAUAUUUCAUACAAAUGCUUUUAUUAAACAAAUAGAUGUUAAUUUUCAAGUAUCUGUGUUUCUUAGAAGACUAGCCAUUAAAGGAGAUAUUUUUACCAUAUCUAGUUUGUUUGGAAUCUCAGAAGGAACUGUUAUUCUAUAUACAAAUCGUACAAUAAAAGCUAUUUUAGAGACAAAAAAUAAUUAUGUCAAAUGGCCAGUUGAACAACAUCGACAUGAGAUAUUAGAUGGGUUUCAACAAAUUGGUGGGUUUCCAAAUGUAAUAGGAGCAAUUGAUGGAACACACAUCAAUUUAACAAAUGCUCCUUCUAAAGACCCAGAAGUUUUUUUUAAUCGUAAAAAAAGAUACUCAAUACAAUGCCAAGCUAUAGUUGAUCAUAGAGGAAUAUUCACCAAUUAUUUAAUUGGCUGGCCAGGCAGUGUUCAUGAUGCUAGAGUAUAUUCCAAUUCUGAGUUCUAUAUAAAUAGGAGAGACUUUAUUAAAGAUGAUGAUAUUGUUUUAGGAGAUUCUGCAUACCCAAUUUCCCCUUUUAUGAUCACACCUUUUAAAGUUUCUCAAACCUCUACACAAAUUCAAUUUAAUCAACUUCACUCUAAACAUAGAAUAGUUGUAGAGCAUGCAUUUGGCAGACUUAAAUCUAGAUUCGUUGCACUAAGAGAAUUAAAUGUUAAAAGUAUCAAAAUGGCUGUUAGAUUGACAGAAUGUGCUAUAAUCUUGCAUAAUUUUUUAGAGUUAAAUGGGGAAAUUUGGGAUGAGGGAGCAGAUGUGAAUGAUUAUGAUGACAAUGAUGCAAACUUGGUCAUGGAAUGUGAAAGAAGUUAUCUUUAG